UUGACAUUGGGCAAUAAGAAUCUUGAUGAUGUGAAAGUUUGUUUCUAGAUCCUUCUCAUGUUCAAUGUUCAUGCUUUCACAUGCAGCACCGAUCAAUUUCUUCGGCUCCAUCUGCAUUCAAUGCAAAUUCUCAAUUUGUGAGUGAAUCACGUUACGAUUAGGUUUGCGCUGAAUAGUUCUGGCUGGCUCUAUAAAAGGAAAAGAGCUCAGGAAUUACAGAUCACAGACAAGCAAACAAAUAACAAGCUCUCUAUAUAUAUUGAAUUGAGUGAAGGUUAGAGGUGCUACAAACAAUGGCUACGAAUCAGGAAGAGGUGAAGCUUUUGGGAGUUGUGGGAAGCCCUUUUGUGUGUAGGGUGCACAUUGCUCUCAAAUUCAAGGGCGUUGAAUACAAAUUUUUGGAAGAAAAUUUGGGCAACAAGAGUGAAUUGCUUCUGAAAUACAACCCAGUUCACAAGAAGGUUCCAGUCCUUGUUCACGGCGAGAAACCCCUUGCAGAGUCCCUUGUGAUUGUUGAAUACAUCGAUGAGACAUGGAACAACAACCCCAUCUUGCCUUCNGAUCCUUACCAGAGAGCCUUGGCUCGUUUCUGGGCCAAAUUCAUUGAUGACAAGGUUGUGGGUGCUGCAUGGAAAUCUGUUUUCAGUGUCGAUGAGAAAGAGAGGGAGAAGAAUGUGCAAGAGGCAUUGGAGGGUCUGAAGUUUCUUGAGGAUGAGAUAAAGGGGAAGAAGAAGUUUUUUGGAGGAGAGGAGAUUGGGUUGGUGGAUAUUGGUGGUGUGUUCAUAGCGUUUUGGAUUCCAAUUAUUCAGGAAAUAGCAGGGUUGCAGUUAUUCACCAGUGAGAAAUUUCCUAAUCUCUAUAAAUGGAGCCAAGAGUUGAUGAAUCACUCUGUUGUGAAGGAAGUUCUUCCUCCAAGAGAACCAUUGUUUGCCUUCUUCAAAGCCCGCUAUGAAAACCUCACUGCCUCAGCAUAGAUUGAUUUAGAGAUAAUCGUUUGAACAACUUAUCCAUCAAUAAGAUUUUGUUCUUUCCAUUUCAUGUAAAAUUCAUACUAUAUCUGAUUUCGUUGCCUGUUUGCUAAUAUAAAGCUGUCUUAUUGUCAAACUAUUUCUACACAAUAAAAUUUACGUUUUUUUU